AUGGCGUGGGACGAGGAGAGGCAGCUUGGCGAGCCAGAGGAGCUCAUUACUUCCAUACCGGAACGGCCGCGACGGCCUCUUACGACUGACGAAAAGCUGGCUUCUACGACGAUUAAUGUUCAUUCACGUGGAACUUCGAUAGAGUGGAAUUCCACCCAACAUACGUCUGUGCGCGAAGAGACUGGUAUUCUGGCCAAAUUACGACAUCUAGAAGCUCUUUUGGAUAGAAAACUUGGCGUGGAGUCUGAAGCUAUCGAUAGGAAAUUACCUGGCGAUAGGAAGCAUGUUCCGUGGCAUUCACAGUUGAAUAUGGCGUUGCUGUGGGCAAGUGGGACCAUGAACGUCAGUUGUUUUGCAACGGGCUUCCUUGGGUGGGCAUUUGGCCUCUCUCUGAAGCAGAGCAUUCUUGUUGUCAUAUUCGGAUCUCUGUUGGGUGCAUCACUACCAGGCUUCUGUGCGACACUGGGACCGGCCACUGGUCUGCGGCAAAUCUCAAUUGGGCGAUACUCCAUGGGUUGGUAUCCGAAUAAGAUCAUUGCGGCACUCAACACUAUUCAGCAGAUUGGUUGGAGUGCAGUUGGGUGUAUAACUGGCGGACUCGCACUAACUGCUGUGUCGAAUGGUCGCGUUUCGAUUGCUGUUGGUAUUGUUGUGAUUGCUGUCUGCAGCUUGCUCAUCAGCUUUCUGGGCCUGCGAGCGAUUCUGAUCUAUGAGAAAUAUGCUUGGCUGGUAUACUUCAUCAUCUUUUUGGUCAUCUUCGGCCAGACGGGUCAGUAUGCAGAUAACACCACAGAGUCGUCUUUGAAAGGAGCCGACCUAAGUGGCAGUGUCUUGAGCCUUCUCGCCAUCGUUUACGGAUCCUCCGCAAGCUGGGCGACCAUUGCAUCAGACUACUACGUACACUACGCAGUCGAUGUCAGCAGAACGAAAGUCUUUCUUAUGACGACCUUUGGGAUCGCUCUCCCUACCAGUAUUGGAAUGAUGGCUGGCUGUGUCGUCUCUUCUGCCUUCAACAACAGAGUYGAUUGGAAGGACUCGUACGAGAACCAAGGCCUGGGGUAUCUGAUUAAAGAUAUGUUGUAUCCUCGAGGGUUUGCGCAGCUCAUCCUGGUUCUUUUGGUUCUCUCCGGCAUAAAUAUGAACAUCCUCAACACCUACUCCGCUGCGCUUUCCUGCCAGCAGUUUUCGAGACCAUUCUCGCGAGUCCCGCGAUUCAUCUGGACUAUCCUCUGCUUUGGUGUAAUCGUCGCCAUUGCACUGGCGGGGAGAAACAACCUGCUGGCAUACUUGCAGAAUUUCCUGUCCCUGCUCGGCUACUGGUGUACAUCAUAUGCCGUUAUAGUCUUCACUGAGCACUACCUCUUCCGGGGAGGAAAGUUUUCCAACUACGAUCUCGAGGGCUGGAACGAUCCUCGGAGACUGCCAGUUGGAAUCGCGGGUCUCACAGCGUUCCUUCUGGGGGUCGUGGUCUGGAUCAUGGGCAUGGUGCAGACUUGGUAUGUUGGGGAGAUCGCGAAGCAGAUUGGUACGUCCGGUGGGGAUGUUUCGAACCAACUGUGCUUUGCAGUGACUCUUGUGACCUACAUUCCGGCGCGAUACCUCGAGCUCAAAUACAUCGGCAGGUAG